GUGAUUUCUUCUUGUACAGAGAAGAGAGAAUUGUCUUGUAUAACCACGGAAGAAGCCGCGCGAACGAAGCUCAAGCGUGCGUUUCGUGAUCCUUUCAUUUUGAGAAGAAUGUCGCAAUUCAAGAAACUCGAGUGGGUUGACGGGGUUGAGGGUGCAGUUCCAGACGGAGCCGUGGUGGGUGGCGAUGACAACGGCGAACCCUUGUACGUCGCCAGGGCGGAGCACAAUGGAGAAAUGCUUCCUGGGAAAGUGUUGCCCAGGCACGGGGUUUGCUACAUUUCUUGGGGCGGGGAGGAGAUUCCCAAGCACAGCUACCAGGUGCUGACGAACCCCUGUGGCUGCUCUUUGGUUUGGACAAAAGCUGAAGGAGGAGAUUUCCCAACUGGAGCUGUGAUGGGAGGCAGAGCUGGUGAUGGUGAAGCACUUUUUGUUGGACGUGCAGAACACGAGGGCUCAGUUUGUCUUGGCAAGAUUCAUCCCUCGAAUGAAGUGCUCUAUUUGCCGUAUGGAGGAGCUGAAGUACCGAAGAGGGAAUACGAAGUACUCGCUGUGCGUUGUUUGGAACUGGAUUAAGGCGGAAGAAUCUCUGUGAACUUUACUUCCGUGUCGUCAUCCCGCAGCAUCAAAGCUUGCACUAAUUGCUGCCUCAUUUUAACUGGGGAAUCUAAAUCUGAUUUAUUCGCUUACAUUGAAAACAUAAAACCAAUGCGUGAAAUUUAUCUGCUGAAUUUUAUUACGAACGGGAAACAACAAAUGGGAAACUUGAAAAAUUUAAAAAUACAUGUAAGAGUGAGCACAAAAUAAAAAAAAUCUUGAAAACUUUCAA